GUGUAACAAAACAAAACCCGGCUAUUCACAGACGAAGAAAUAGAAACUAACCCACAUCUAUUUUUCUCAUUAAUUUUAAUAUAACAAUGGAUUUCAUUCCCUUCAAACACGGGACCUCUCUAUAGCAGCAGUUUCCAAUAAUUCCACCGUUUUCUUUUCUUCUUUUUCUUUUCAUUUUCCUCUUCCUCUUUAAAAAAAAAAAAAAAAAAAAGAAGCGAGAUGAGGUUUUUCUUCGAGUUCGUGUCUUGUUGCGGUUUGCUGACUCAGCGCGUGCCGGAGCCGGCGGUUCCGGCGGCGGAGGAGGAGAUGUCUCUGGUUCCGGCGGCGGAGGAGGAGAGGUCUCUGGUUCCGGCGACUGUGGUCUCCGUCGUGCCCUCCCGCCGACCAUGCCGCAAGAAGAUGCGGAUGGGCGCGGCGGAGUGGAGGCCGUCGCUGAGGUCGAUCUCGGAGGAUGUUGCGGCACCGCCGCCGAGGGAGAGAGAGAGUCCCCGAAAAGGCGCGGUGGCCUCGGCCGGAAGGGAUGCGAAGAGGAGGAGCAGCGGCGGAGCCGCCAAGGUUCGGCACCGGAGUUACAGCGACGGUUAUUACGGGUCAGCACCUUCCAUGCCGAUGAUGAUGCCAACAUUUAUGUUCUAAACAUUAGAGUUGAAUUUAUAACAGUAAAUGUGUAUAUAUACGGACUACUUGGAUUGGGGUUAAAAAAGAAAAAGAAAAAAAAAAAGCGUUGUAGAGGUGUCAUUUUGCAUUGUUAAUGCAAUUAUAGCCUUUUAUUUUAUUUUAUCAAUCCAUUGUUUAUAAA